UACCUUCUAGGAUCAAUGCAGUUUUAUUUUUGUUCUUAGUGCAAGUAAAGUGCACGUUAGAGGGAAGUUAAAGAAGUUUCAGCAUGUGACACCCUUUCUAUAUAUACCGCUUCUGCUCAUUUCCAUUUCCUUCAACCAAGUCCACUUUGGUGUUUACAAGUUACAAAACCUUCUAUUCUCAUCUAAGCAUGGCCAGUCUGAGACUUUCCUUAUCACUACUCCUCUUCUCCAUCUUCUGCAUUUCACGCUUAGUAGAGCCAGCCCCUGCCGUAAGAUCACGGUCGCGGUCGGAGUCACGGGCACAUAUCGAGGCCUCCUGCCGAGCCACCCGCUACCCGGCCCUAUGCGUUCAGUUACUCUCUGGUUUCCCAAGCUCAACAAUACAGAACCCACAACAGCUAGCCCAAGCUGCUUUAUCAGCUAGCCUCUAUAGGGCCCGCCACACGAGAUCAUACAUGUUGAAAGUGGCAAAUGAACUCGAGGCAAUGAAAGCGAAGGAUUAUCAAGCAGUGAAAGACUGUUUGGACCAGAUAAAUGAUACCGUGGAGCAGCUUAGCCAGUCAAUUAGAGAGCUACGUCGCUUAGGAAGCCAGGAAGAAGCAGUUGGUCGUGGUAAUGUCUUUUGGCACAUAAGUAACGUCGAGACAUGGACGAGUGCUGCCCUAUCAGAUGUAUCCUACUGCGUUAAUGAGUUUCCAGGUAGGAGAAUGAGCAAGUUGAAGGCCACAAUUAAGGGUAAAGUUUUGAAUGUUGCACAGGCCACCAGCAAUGCGUUAGCCUUGUUUCAUCGGUAUGCCGCAAGGUACAAAGCAGGUGCCACCACCCAGAAGCCAUAAAUUAAUGGCUGGUGUUUUGAAAUUGUACAUGUAAACGUUUUACAUUUGUUAUAUUGUUGGAUCAAGUAUGUUGUUCGUAGAGUCCAAAUUAAUUCGUUUGUUGUAAUAUAUCAUCAUAUUAUGUGAAAGCUGUUAACAGUAUGUGUCGUUGUGAAGCAUUUUUUUGUUUCUUUUUUUCCCCUUCUCUCUAUAUCUAUGAAUAUCUAUCAUUUACGAUGUCCCUCUUAA